GGUAAAUACAGUAUUUAUUGUCAAGGUCACUACACAGUACUGGGUACAUUCUAAAAUCAACUAAAUAAGGUCACUCUAAUAGAAGUAUAAUACGAAAAUAAAAAAUGUCAAAGAAAGCUUUAAGUCAUCUGUCGUUUGAUCCUCCUGAAUCCUUAGACAAGGAUCAAGUUGUUGCUAAAGUAUUGCAACUCAGAGGUUCAGCAUUAUUUACGGUUUGUGAAGCCAAUGGACGAGAACUACUCGUUGAGAUGCCUGCAAAAUAUCGAAACAAAGCAUGGAUUAAACGGGGUGGAUAUGUUGUAAUAGAUAAGUCUGAAUUUACAGACCAAAACAACAAAAUCGACGGUUCUAUUGCAUACGUGGUUCAAAACCCAUUGAAAAUUUGGGAGAAGCAACCUUAUUGGCCUAAAGAGUUUACCAACAAUACCCCUGCAGAUAUAGAAGAAAGUAGCAGUAGUGAAAGCGCCGAGGAGAGUGAUUGAUACGUUUAUUUUUUGGACAAAAACAUGUUUUAUUAACCUUACCAUAUAGCUAUUUUAGUUGCUUAAUAGAACUGAAAUGUAGCUUCCAGAAUGCUAAAAUCAUAACUUAUAGUACUACCAAUAGCAUUUGACUCAUAAAUGAUUCCAUCAGUAAUUUUUUGGGUCAUAAAGGAAUAAUAGAUUACUAAAUUAUCAC